ACCUUUGGUGAUGUCACGAUCAUGUGAUCAGUCACAUGGGUGGCCCUCAGCCCUCGGAUAUUUUAUUAAUCCGUUCUCUAUAAGGAACAAUUUAUACUCCAGACCCAAUAAUUACUAUAAUUCUAUAUCCGAGGAUUGAGGGGCAUUCGUAGCCUGACUCCUCCCACCCAUGUGACUGAUCACAUGAGCGUGACAUCAUCAAAGGUCCUUUUGUCCCUUCAGCUGUACAGCCUUCAGCCUGACUCCUCCCACCCUAGUGACAAUCACAUGAUCACCAAAGGUCCUUAAAACGUCUGGGAUCUUCUGUAUCCAGAGUGAGGGAGGUCUCCAGUAGUGGUCGGGGGUCUCCCUUUCUUCUCCUGACUGCCCCCUAAGGAUGGAGAAGGACCUGGAUGUGAUGGAGGAGAGAAUAUUACACGUGGCCCUAGAGAUCAUGUCCCUGCUGAGCGGAGAGGAUUACAUGGUAGUGAAGACAGAAGAGGGGGAAGGAUGGAGCAGGGAGCAGGUUCCUAUAUCGCUGCCUCCACCUCACUCACUGAUACAUAAGGGAAACAGUCAUCAGGAGAUCCUGGAACUCAUCAACAAGAUGGCCGACCUGCUGACUGGAGAGGUUCCUAUAAGGUGUCAGGACGUCACUGUCUAUUUCUCCAUGGAGGAGUGGGAGUAUAUAGAAGGACACAAGGAUCUGUACCAGGACAUAGUCAUGAGGGGGCAUCACCGGCCCCCAACAUCACCACUGGAUAUAGACCCAACAAGGAUGGAGAAGGCCAGAAAGCACAUGGCUGCCAGGAUAUUACACCUCACCCUAGAGAUAAUCCACCUGAUAACCGGAGAGGAUUACACAGUAGUGAAGAAGUGGUCUGGUGAGUGUGUGACCCCCCGUGUGUCAGGAGGAUCGGGCACCACCCAGAGCCCCACCCCCGAGGAGCCUCCACCUCAUUCACUGAUACAUGAGCAGAAGAUCCUAGAACUGACCACCAGGAUGACUGAGCUGCUGACUGGAGAGGUUCCUAUAAGGUGUCAGGACGUCACUGUCUAUUUCUCCAUGGAGGAGUGGGAGUAUAUAGAAGGACACAAGGAUCUGUACCAGGACAUAGUCAUGAUGGGGGAUCACCGGCCCCCAACAUCACAAGAUGGAUCCAAUAGGAGAAGUCCACCCGAGAGGUGUCCCUGUCCUCUGUAUUCCCAGGACUGUCCAGAGGGAAAUGUCCCAGAGAAGCAUCAGGGGGGAGAUCUGACUAAUAAUGUAGUGGAGGAUGAAGAAGAGAGGAUGAGGGGCCAUCACCCGUGUAUGAGGGAAGCGAAGGAGGAUAUGCCAGGAGGUGUUACCCCAGAAAAUCCCAGUAAGGACACCGAUGGAACCUUCAAAUUAUCACUAAAUUAUAAAGUAGAAGAUGAAGACUUCAUGCAGCACUCCCCAGGAGAGGACUUCUUUCCCCUUACUGUACAUCCAGGACCUUACAGUACAGAUCUAUCAUAUAAUGCCCCUAAUCAUGGGGAACCUUCUCCUGACCCAUCACAGGUUGUUACCACAAGGACAGAUCAGAGAGAAGGGAAAAGGUUUUAUUGUGGUGAAUGUAAAAAAGAGUUUACAAAAAAUUCAGACCUCAUAACCCACAGAAGAAGUCACACAGAGGAGAAGUAUUCAUGUUCACUAUGUGGGAAAUGUUUUACAGAUAAGUCAGAACUUGUGUCACAUGAGAGACUGCACACAGCAGAGAAUCCAUAUUCAUGUUCACAAUGUGGGGAACGUUUUGCCCAAAAAGCAGUUCUUGUUCGACAUCAAGAAACUCACACAGAAAAGAGACUAUAUCAGUGUCCUGAAUGUGAGGAAUGUUUUACAGAUAAACCAAGCUUUGUUAAACAUAUGAGAAGUCACACAGGAGAGAAGCCAUAUUCAUGUUUAGAAUGUUGGAAAUGUUUUACAGAAAAAUCAAGCCUUGUUAAACAUGAGAGAAGUCACACAGGAGAAAGACCAUAUUCAUGUUCAGAGUGUGGGAAAUGUUUUCGAGAUAAAUCAAGCCUCGUUAAACAUGAAAGAAUUCACACAGGAGAGAAGCCAUAUUCGUGUUCCGAAUGUGCGAAAGGUUUUACUGAUAAAUCAAGCCUUGUUAAACAUGAGAGAAUUCACACAGGAGAGAAGCCUUAUUCAUGUUCAGAAUGUGGUAAAGGUUUUACACGUAAAUCACAUCUUGUAAGACAUCAGAGAAUUCACACAGGGGAGAAACCAUAUUCGUGUUCAGAAUGUGGUAAAGGUUUUACAAAUAAAUCAAAUCUUGUUAUGCAUGAGGGAAGUCACUCAGGGGAGAAACCAUAUUCAUGUUCAGAAUGUGGAAAAUGUUUCACAUACAAAUCAGGUCUUAUUAUACAUGAGAGAAAUCACACAGGAGAGAAGCCAUAUUCAUGUUUAAAAUGCGGGAAAUGUUUUACAAUUAAAUCACAUCUUGUGACACACGAGAGAAGUCACACAGAAGAAAAGCCAUAUUCAUGUUCAGAAUGUGGAAAAUGUUUCACAUAUAAAUCACUUCUUGUUAGGCAUGAGAGAAUUCACACAGGAGAGAAGCCAUAUCCAUGUUUAGAAUGUGGGAAAGGCUUUAUAACUAAAUCACAUCUUGUUAUACAUGAGAGAAUUCACACAGGAGAGAAGCCAUAUUCAUGUUUAGAAUGUGGGAAACGCUUUACAGAUAAAUCACAUCUUCUAAAGCAUAACAGAAGUCACAAAGGAGAGAAGCCUGUAUGAUGUGCGGACUAUGUUAUCACAGGUCACUCACACAAAGAAUAAACAAGAUUCUUCUUUAGAA